AUCAGUGUGCAGUGCGUGUGAUGAUCCGCAGCACAUCAGCUGUAUUUUUUCACUGGAGAAACAGAGGCGUACUGAGGACUCGUUUUUACAAUUAUCUGCCGACACGCAACACUGCAAAACAGCUUAGUAUUCAUAAUAAUAAUACAAUAACAAAAAAAAAAAAACAUGCGGACGAGGUGCUAAAAUAAAUAACAACUGUCGACGUGAAUUAAACUCAAUAAGGGUCUACACAUUAUAUCACUGGCUGUAUCGUCAAACCACUGCUGUUUUGCUCCGACUUCUACAUCUCUGGGUGUACACAGACAGAGUACAGUUUUAAGCCAGUUUAGAGUGAGAGGAUGGAUUUCAAGCAGCUAGUUGAUAUUGGAGAGAAGUGGUGCUCCGGUAACCCCUUCGAUCUGAUUGCUGCAGAAGAGAGCGAUGAGAGACGGCUGGAUUUCUAUGCAGAACCCGGACUUUCAUUCUACGUGUUGUGCCCUGAUCUGAGUAAUGGUGCAGAUAAUUUUCACGUGUGGAGUGAGAGUGAAGACUGCCUGCCAUUUCUGCAGCUUGCUCAGGACUACAUCUCCUCCUGCGGCAAGAAGACCCUCCUUGAGAUACUGGACAAGGUCUUCAAAUCCUAUAGGCCUCUGCUCGGGCUUCCCGAUGUAGAUGAUGAUGCGUUUGAGGACUACCAAGCUGACAUGGAGGAGGAGGAGCCAGAGGCGGACCACCAACAGAUGGGCGUCAGUCAGCAGUAACGCAGCCGACCCGCGGGGAAGGGGAGAGGUGGUGGAGAAGAGUACCCAGUGAAGUUGUUCCCAGACCAACUGACUCGAACACACCUCCACAGGGAUUUGGUGGAGGAGACUCGGGAGCAUUCCACACACCUUUUUCCUUUUCAAUGUACAGUAGUAAUGCUUCCAAGUAGUACGGUAUUGAUAAGCUUCAUUUUCCAGGAAUCCUGAAAGUUUUUGUUGUACACAUGUAUUAUCAGAGAAACAAUUUGGCAGAUUUCUACUGAAACUGAACCUUAAAGUCUACUCUAACUGGUCUGCCAAAAUGUGUAGCACACUAAUGUGUAUGUUUUGACUGGUUCCUGGUUGACUGGUUUCGUACACUAAUGCAUAUGUUCCCCAAAGACCAUUCUGAGCAAAUUCGUAGGAUGUUUACAGUGUGUGUAUGCAUAGACGACCCUUCAUGGGUUGCUGUAGUUGGGAUGCCUAUUUCACCGCCAUUCUCGUGAGUGGAAAAAACAUGACACUGCGAACUUUCAUGGAGUGUUUUUUCCACUCGCGAGGAUGGCUGUAAAAUAAAAGUUUCUGUUUAUAUUCUGUUACAAUAUAUAGAAAAGAAAGUAUGUUUAAACCUAAGUUAAGCAGGUUGAUUGUGAGGGUCAAGCUCAGCAUUGCAAUGUUGUGAUUCAUCCAGUUAUUCUGAAUCUGGAUUUGAUUUAGUACUAGAUGGAUUCUAAAAUGUGAUCUGGUACAAAAAAAUAUUCACUCCAGUGUUGAAAAGUAAAACUUUAUUCAAAGCUAAAACACAAAAAAGCAACAACAAAAAAAGAGGGUUUUGCACAACUUUUUAAAAAGUCAGGAGACAUUAAUGUUGUGUAUCAGUUUAAUACCAAGUCAUCAUUAUUGUAAUAUGUCAUUAUUUUGACAUGCCUUAAGGCCGCAAAGAAGUUGUUCUGCUUUUUCAUUUUAAAUAAACAUCAUGCAGAUUUGCUCAGGGCAUCACGGAAAGAAACUAGACGAGGGAAGAUCUUUUUGCCCAAAAACUGAUAAUCUACAUGUAUCUAGUUUAAAGGUCCAGCUAAAACGUUGGUACUGCAGGUGGUUUUUGCUGGCGGCUGCGUUGUAUAUUGAUCAGUUUACAGCCAAAUCUUUUAUUUUUUAUUUUAGGCAUACUCCAGUAAAGUUACCAAUUAACAGUGAAUUGGAACAUAAACUGUGAGGGUGUUUUAAGUGCACAUAACCUUGAACAGGACAGUAACCCGAGAUGUAACCAAUAAUGUAAUCCACAGUCUAAAGACCAGCAUACAAAGUGUUGCGUGUAGCAAUUGAUCUGUGUGUCUUGUAGUUAUGGUGAGGGAUUUGCUGUCUCUUACUAGCUUUAUCUUGCAUGAUAUAAUACACUGUUACAAUCUAGCUUGAACACAGUUAGGAAAGACUGAAGGCAAUUGAAUGUGAAACCUACACUAAAAGGUAAAAUCAUUCCUCGGUAGAGUUCAGAUCUUGUAAAAGUGUUCAAGCUGGGCUCCUCGGAUUGUAGCUUUGCGGCAUGUAGGAGUAAUUACGUGCCUUGGGUAGGGGUCUGCAGAUACUCGUACCCAUACUCAUAAUUGCCUUUAAGAAGUCUUUAUCAGCAUUGCCUUUAAGUAGUCACAGAAGUAAGGCAAUAAAAAUGUCAGAACCCCGGAUGAGAGGAGAAUUUGCUUCCAGUCGUCUUUUAAAACACUCACUACGGGAGUUAAUUGCCAUUGAUUGGUACCCAACUGUAAAGAUGAGGGGAAAGAUAACUUUUUCUUGUUUUUUAAUGAACACCUUAACAAAUGGAUUUAUUUAAUACCAACAGAUAAAUGCCUAUGAAAGGCAAUUCCGAGUAUCACCCCUAAUACUGGGCAAAGUCAAUUUUACAUUUCCUAUGACUGUGUAUGUACAGUUAGAAGUCCACUUCCAUAUGUUCCCAGAUUGUCAUCCUCUCUAUAGCUAUUUGUCACAGUGGAAAACGGAGUUCUUCAGAUACAGGUACGGACAGUCGUCUCUAAAGUUCUGUCUGAUUCUGAUACUCCUGAGAACUUGAAAAUGAUCCUAGAUGAUCUAGAAAAUGUCCUCCAUUUUUGUUUUAGGUUCAGUCCAUUGAAAGGCAAGCACGUCAUUCACAGGGACACCCUGGUGUUCACAGGGGUAUACGGACAGAUCAUUGUCAUGAAGAAAUGUGACCUAUGGGCACCUCAGCUUUACCCCUGACACUAGAAACACACAUCACAUAGGAGAUGCUAAAUUAAAUAGAAGUGUAGCUCUGAGUAAUGGAAAGGUAUCUUCUUGGUAUUGCUGAAAGCUUUUUAAUUGUAGUACCCCAUUUUGUUUGGGGAGUAUAGUAAUUUAAAGUUUUUAUUAAUCCAUUUAAGUAGUUUUUUUUUUUUGUGUUUGUUUUUAAACAGUUGUAAUUACUCCUCACAUACAAAGCAGGAUAAAGAUACAACCACAUAGUCCUGGCUUUUUACCAGUAAUUGUGUAUUGAUGAACAAAAACUUCAACAAACUGUUGUAUUUCGGUGACAACGUGAUCUGUUUCUGGCCUUUUUGGUGACUGUGGUGUUCUUCCAGGGAGUUGUUUGAGGCUUCCUCUGACUCCCUGGUGGAAGGACAGGUUUUCAGUGCAACUUUAGGAAGAGAGUUCUUGUUUUGGAGUUGUAACAUAAGUAAUGACAAAUACAUGGCAUUUUUAAUUGGUAUUUUGCUAAAAGGCACUUUGGAUAAACAUGCUAAGAUGCUUGACUUCUCUUGAUCAGCGUUAUUAUGUAAUUUAUCAAUGGACUACAGUAGGGCUGUCAAUUUUAAACAAGUAUGCAUGUCAGUAAGUUACUAGUACAUUCAGUACAAGUUUAAAUUCCAUCUCUUGUACAUUACUCAUUUGCAGUGCUAUUACAGUACAGUGCAGUACACAGAGAGUUUUGUUUUAACUGUGGUUGAAUUACGCUGUUUCUAAAUAUUAAUCUUAUUUUUCCAUUGCUUGAGUUGGUCCCCAGAUGAUGAUGUUUUGUGAAUUUGGCUCGUUUAAGGGGGUUAUUUUCAAAGCUUAGUAAUGUGUGGAGCAAAUCUCUGUCAAUAAAGCAAAUCAAAUUUUGUUCAGCUUCUGUCAAGGUUUGUUAACAUGCCAGGAAAGGGACGCCAGCUGUGUUCCGUUGUCAUAACAUGGAAGGGAUGCCAACUUUUUGACAAAACAAAAUCUUUCAACAAAGACAGAAUUCUAAAUGUAAAUUCUUAUUUAACCUGAACAGUGCAACUGUGGAACAUUUUACAAAAUUGCUGCAUUAUAUUCACCUGCUAUGUUCGACUUGUCUUGGCCUACCUAACAUUACUUUGGCUCAUGUAGUCCAGGGUUAUUGUGUACCAGGAUCAGGCAAACCAGCUGAUUUGGGUUUUCUAAAUUGAGUUCAUCUUGAAACAAAAACCUGUCAAGCACUUUAAAGAAGGAACAAAUCUGUUUUUAAAAUUGUUUCUCUGACAAUACUCAACCAGAUCAAACUAGUACUAUGCUAAUCUGGCCUUAAUGAGCUAAACUUAAUGUACUCUGACUACUUCAGCAGUGGGAACUUGACCUCUAGUCUCUGCUUUGUGCAUAUUUAGCUGCUAGAGUAACCUUGCACAUCACAGUAUGUAAAUUAAAGAAAUAAGUAAAUAAAUAAAUCACAUUGUGGGUCUAGACUUAACUGCUGCUGGUAAGCUAGCUCAGUCAGAUGGCAUUUCAUCAGUUGUUGCUAGACCGCUGUCAUCAACAAGGCCUCAUGCACCUAACUGAUCAGUUCUGCAGGCAACAACCUUAAAGUUCUCCCAGAUCUGUGAGAUUAUAUGUUUUUACAGUGUUUUUAUUGUGUUUCUUUUUAGUUUCUUUUUUUUUGCUUUACUGCACCUACCAACCAGCCCUGAGUGUAUACGUGUUCAUGUUUUUAAUGCUGAUCAGAGUACUGAGCACGGACUUGCUUAUAGCUGUUAUGAACAUGAUUAAAUUCAGCUAUAGGGCUCA